CGCUCCAUGGCCGCGCCGUAACGGGGACCCAGCCGCCUCCCCGCCCAGCCCAACCCAGCCCUUCCGCCCGCCCAGGAUGGAGGCGCCCGCCAGCGCGCAGACCCCGCACCCGCAUGAGCCCAUCAGCUUCGGGAUCGACCAGAUUCUCAACAGCCCAGACCAGGACAGCGCGCCCGCUCCACGGGGCCCCGACGGCGCCAGCUACCUGGGAGGACCCCCCGGGGGCCGGCCGGGCGCCACGUACCCGUCUCUGCCCGCCUCCUUUGCUGGCCUCGGCGCGCCCUUCGAGGACGCGGGAUCUUACAGUGUCAACCUGAGCUUGGCCCCCGCCGGCGUAAUCCGGGUGCCGGCGCACAGGCCGCUUCCCGGGGCCGUGCCGCCGCCUCUGCCGAGCGCGCUGCCCGCCAUGCCCUCCGUGCCCACGGUCUCUAACCUGGGCGGCUUCAAUUUCCCCUGGAUGGAGAGCAGCCGCCGCUUCGUUAAAGACCGCUUCACAGCAGCGGCGGCGCUCACGCCCUUCACUGUGACCCGGCGCAUCGGCCACCCUUACCAGAACCGGACGCCGCCCAAGCGUAAGAAGCCGCGCACGUCCUUUUCCCGGGUGCAGAUCUGCGAGCUGGAAAAGCGCUUCCACCGCCAGAAGUACCUGGCCUCUGCCGAAAGGGCGGCGCUCGCGAAGUCCCUCAAAAUGACGGACGCGCAGGUCAAGACCUGGUUCCAAAACCGGAGGACCAAGUGGCGGCGGCAGACGGCGGAGGAGCGGGAGGCGGAGCGGCAGCAGGCGAGCCGGCUCAUGCUGCAGCUGCAACACGACGCCUUCCAAAAGAGCCUCAACGACUCUAUCCAGCCGGACCCGCUCUGUCUGCACAACUCGUCGCUCUUCGCUCUGCAGAAUCUGCAGCCCUGGGAGGAGGAUAAUUCCAAGGUUCCUGCCGUCACCUCGCUGGUGUGAGCCACCCGCGCGCAAAGUCACCUCGGACCGCCGCUCACACCGGGAGGUGCCCGGGGCCCCCAGCCGGGCUGGGGGAGAACCAGGGCCGAGAGGGGAAGAAGCCGCCAAGCUCUAGGGGGCCCGGGGCGCGGUCGCACCCCCGCCGGCCGCGGAGGGGGGCUGGGCCCGGGCUCCGCGCGGCUGUACAAUCCGAGCCCCCACCCCGUGCCCCGUCCCGCCCCCAGGCCCCGGCCUGACAAAGAAAGCGCCUUACGUUUCUCCGACCCCCGCCCGCACCCCCCGGGCUGGGCGCCUGUAUUAUACUUUGUACUUUUGCCCAAACGUGUAAAUAAUAAAAGUUUUGGCUUUUUUCUUUAGAAAUCGGCCACCUGCUUCCCCUGCGGAGGCGGUGGAGAAGGGGCAGCCGACUCGGGGGUUAGGGGAAGCGCCAGGGGCCGGGGCACCCUGCGUUUAGGCUGGGUCUCCUUCUCUCAUUUUCCGUUCCUUUUAUUUAAGUCGUUUUAUUUAAUAAAAAGAAACUUAGCUAUUU